AUGUAUCUGAGACAGGAAACAUCCAACCAAACCAUCCUUACCGAGUUCCUUCUCCUGGGUUUCUCCAACGUCCGAGAGUUGCAGAUUUUACACUUUGUGGUGUUUCUAUUGAUUUAUCUGACAGCUCUGAUCGGGAAUCUUUUCAUCCUCACAGCUGUAGCUGUGGACCGCCACCUGCACACCCCCAUGUACUUCUUCUUGGGCAACUUAUCCUUCCUAGACCUCUGCUACAUUUCCAUCACUGUCCCCAAGUCCAUGGCCAAUUCCCUAACCAAUGACAGACAGAUCUCUUUCUCUGGAUGUGUUGCCCAAGUCUUCUUGGUCGUCGCCUUAGUUAUUACUGAGAUGACCCUGCUGGUGGUCAUGGCAUAUGACCGGUACAUUGCAAUCUGCCAUCCUCUUCGUUACAGGGUCAUCAUGAACAAAGGCACCUGUGCCCAGAUGGCAGCUGGUUCUUGGAUUGGCAGUGCGAUCUAUGCAGCCUUUCACACUGGUAACACCUUUAGAUUGCCCUUUUGCCAGUCCAAUGCAAUCGGUCAGUUCUUCUGUGAUAUCCCACAGCUACUGAAAAUCUCGUGCUCUGAUACUCGCUCUAAUGAAAUUUUGCUUCUUGCCUGUGUUAUAUUCUUGUGUUUCGUUUGCUUUGGUUUAGUUAUCAUGUCUUACACUUGCAUCUUCUCCACUAUACUGAUGAUCCCCUCAGUGCAGGGCAAGCAUAAAACCUUCUCAACCUGUCUGCCCCACAUGACUGUAGUUGGUUUGUUUCUUAGCACCGGAAUGUUUACGUACAUGAAACCAAACUCAGGGUCUUCUACAUACUAUGACCUGCUUGCCUCUGUUCUCUAUACCGUGGUUCCUCCGGCCAUGAACCCUCUCAUCUACAGCCUGAGAAACAAGAAAAUUAAGGAGGCUCUAAGUAAAAUAGGAGACAUGAAGAAAAGAUUAUUUUUAAUAGCUCUUGGGAACUAA